AUGGACGACGCCACGCGCCGCUCGCUGGCGCAGGUGGUGCAAGAGGUGGAGAGUGAGCGUACGACGGCCGAUACGCUCCGUGAGCUUGCACGUAAUGUGGACCGCAGCCAGCGCAUGAUUGCGAUGCAGCUCGGGCAGAUCUAUGCGAUGGAAGCUUCGCAGGUGCCGGGCCACGUCGAGCGCACGGCCCACGAGUUUGGCGAGGUGCGCAAUGCGAUUGCAGCACUUGCGGCCGAGGUGCCUGCACAGGAAUACUACAAGUGGAGUGAAACCUGGUCCUGGUCGGUGCGCCAUGCGGUCUUUGGCGCGUGCCUGGCCUACUACCUCGGCACGGGACGCCUGCUGUCGAAGGAAGAGGCGAGCACCGUGCUCGGAAUGGACCGCGUGCCGCACGACCGCAUGCUCCUUGCGACCGACGAGUACCUGCACGGCCUCAUUAGCAUGGUCAACGAGCUGCCGCGCCUCGCGAUGAACGCCGUGACCUCGGGCGAUUUUGAGGCGCCGGUGCGCAUCGCGGCAUUUGUCAAGCAGCUGCACGCCGCCUUCCAGGUGCUCAACCUGAAGAAUGAUAUUCUGCGCAAGCGCUUCGACGGACUCAAGUACGAUGUGAAGCGCGUCGAAGAGAUCAUCUACGACAUCCGCCUGCGUGGAUUGGUUUCCGACCAGGUGGCGCCUGCGCCGGCCGGCGAUGGGAGUGCAUUGCUGGCCAUCAUGCAGGGGCGUACUUAG